CUUCUAGAGACUAAAACCCGUCUUCUUUCUUUCCUUCUUUCUUUCUCAUUUUAAACCCAAAAUUACAAAAAUCAAUUUCUUUUCGUUCCAAAAUAUGAAGAGUUUUGUUACCCAAUCACGCACCUGUUGACCUCUAUGGCGUUCUUCGACUUCCACGAUUCUCUAAUUUCUUGGAAUUUGCUGCAUUGGAGCCUUGUUCUUCGGUGUUGCCAUACUCGGGGUUUGAUCCGUUAUUUUGUUUUUUAGUUUUUUCUUUUCCUUUCUCAGUACUUUGUGUGUGUGUGUUUUCUCUCUCUUGUUUUUAAGUGGUUUUUUGAUCUGGGUUUGGAUCAUUUUGCGUUUUGGAGUUUUGGGUUCGGUGGGAGGAGUGGAAGUUGUUUUUUGUGUUAUGGGUGUUGUGUUGUGGGAAUUUUGGUUAGGUUCAGGGGGUUCUGUUUGAGCAUUUUGGUAUUUUUGGUGUUUUUGGGGUUAUGGAAGAGGAAACGGGUGCCGAGAAAUUGUUGAGGAAGGGGAAAGAGGAAGAUUUUGAUUUUGAUCGAGUUUUGGAUGGGGAGGGCACUCAAGGGUUGAGGAAUCUUUAUGUAGGUGGUGAGGAAAAUCUGAUUUCGGUUUCAGUUAGUUGUGAUUCUGAGAGAGAGUCGCUGGAGUUGGAAAUCAAGAAGGGAUGUGAGGCGAGAGUUGAGGAAGUUGUGGUGGAUGUCUUUAAGGGUAAUGGGGAAAAUGCUGAAGUGGAAAAUAGGAGUAGGAAAAGGAGAAAGGUGGAUGAUGGCCACAUUGAAGGUGGAAGUAAAAAGGUAGUGGAGAAAGUGAAAAGAAAACUUAUGGCUAAUAAACUACGGGGUAGUGAUCGAAUUUUGCGGUCGAGUUUUGGAGUAAAGGUAGAGUGCGAUAGUGUAGCUGCUAGUGAAGAGAAUAAUAGUAAUAUGGAGGUGCAGAAUUGUAGGAGCACUAGGUAUGGCAAGAAAUUAAUGAAGUUGGAGAGGCGAAGUGAAGAACAAGGAAGUGAACAACAAUUGUUCUCUGGAGAUCAGAAGGUAAAAAGAAAGCGUGGGAGACCACGGAAGGCUGAAAAGGAAGCUGAGGAAGUAGUUGUUAGUCCAAAAAUAGUUGUUAGCCCCAUGAAGAAGUUGAAACGUAAGCGCGGAAGACCACCCAAGUUGGAGAGUGAAAAGAACCAUCAAUUUGUUUGUGAGUUGAGGAAUAAGAAGUUAAAAAGGAAGCGUGGAAGGCCACGCAAGAUUGAUAAGGAAAAUGACAAUUCAUUGUUUGGUGAAUUGAAUAGUGAAUUGAAUACAUUGAAUACCUUAAAACCCAAGCGUGGAAGAGGAAGGCCACCAAAGUUGCAAAAAAGCAAUGGAGCGUUGAAGAAUGAGCACACUGAAGGAAUAAAGGUUAGACUAGCGAGAAAAUUAAGUAUGAAGUUGAGAAACAGGGUGAGAAGUAAUGUGCCAACUGAUCGGUUUUCCUCAGAUAAGAGGCAUAUUAGGAAAGCAAUACACAUGAAGAAAACUUUGCCAGCUGGGAAUGAUUUAUCUCAGGGAAUUUUGGAACCAGAAGCAACACCAACAGCAAGUUCAAAGGUAAUUACUUGUGGUGAGAAGACUAGGGAAGCGAAGAAAGUAAAAAAGCGCAAGAUCGAAGCAGAUGAAUGCAAGAGAUCAAUAGCGAAGAAUUUAUUGAGAGAGAGGAUUACUGAAAUAUUAAAAACUGCUGGUUGGACAAUUCAGUAUAGACCCAGAUUUAAUCGGGAGUACAAGGAUGCAGUUUAUGUAAGUCCAGAGGGACGAACUCACUGGUCAAUCACCCUGGCUUAUAAUGUGCUUAAAAGGCACUAUGAAGAAGGCGAUGGCGAUUCCACAGUUUAUAAGACUGGUUUUAUAUUUACUCCAAUACCAGAUGAAGAGAUCAUGACACUAACAAGGGUUAGAAGAGCAGGGAGGGAGAAGGAUGGAGAAUUGAAGAAACAAAUGAGAAAUGAAAAUUUUAAAAUAAGAGGGAUCAUUGAAAAUAUGAAGUGUAAUGAGAAAGCAAGUUAUCCAAGAAAUCCAGUUUCCAAGUCCACUAAGAGGAAAAGGAAAAAAGCUUUGUUGCAUCACGACCUUCAUAAUUCUGAUCAUAAUAGCCUAGAAAAGGGGUUUCCUAGUUCAUUUCGGACACAAAAUAGAAAGCGAUGUGCUUUAUUAGUUCGGAAUACAGAGGAAACUGCCGAUUCUUCCAAUGAUGGUUAUUUGCUAUAUAAUGGGAAGCGGACACUACUUGCUUGGAUGAUAGAUUUGGGGAUUUUGUCACUUGAUGAGAAGGUACAGUACAUGAACCAAAGAAAGACACGGGUGAAGCUUGAGGGUAGACUUACAAGAGAUGGAAUUCAUUGCAACUGCUGUGAUGAAGUUAUUACAAUUUCAAAAUUUGAAAUGCAUGCAGGAAGCAGAGUUGGUCAGCCACUUGAAAAUAUAUACGUACAUACUGGUUCUUCCCUCCUCCAAUGCCUGUUGGAAUCAUGGAAUAAACAAAAUGAACCACCAUGUAAAGGGUACAAUUUUGUAGAUGUUGACGUCGAAGAUCCUAAUGAUGAUACUUGUGGAAUUUGUGGAGAUGGUGGAGACUUGAUUUGUUGUGAUAGUUGCCCAUCUACGUUUCAUCAAAGUUGCCUGGAUAUUAAGAACUUUCCUUCUGGUCCCUGGCACUGUUUGUAUUGUUCAUGCAAAUUAUGUGGACAAGUCACGACAGAGUUACAUCCAAGGGAUGAUCAUCACGAGGCAGCUGCAGAUGUGUUAUGUAAAUGCCAUCUCUGUAGGAAAAAUGUAAUGAAUCUUAGAUUUCUUUUUCCCGUGGAUUCUUUGUUUUAUUCUUUUGUAACGCUUAUGUUGUUAUAUUACUAUCAUCCCAUAUGUGUUCAGAUGAAUAAUGCUUCUGGUGAUGACGUGGAUAACCCAUCGUUUUGUGGGAAGAAAUGUCAAAUGUUACAUGAAAGGCUACAAAUGCUUCUUGGGGUUAAGCAGGAUAUGAAAGAAGGAUUUUCAUGGACUCUUAUACGUAGAAGUGAUGUUGGCUCAGAUUUUAGUCUCUGCAGUGAAGUAGUUCAGAAGAUUAAAUGUAAUUCUGAGCUUGCAGUUGCCUUGUUUGUUAUGGAUGAGUGCUUUUUGCCUGUCAUUGACCACAGAAGUGGCAUUAAUUUGAUUCAUAACAUUCUCUAUAACUGUGGGUCAAAUUUUACUCGUCUAAAUUUUAGUGGCUUUUACACUGCAAUUCUUGAAAAGGAUGACGAGGUUAUAUGUGCUGCAUCCUUAAGGAUCCAUGGACAUGAAUUAGCGGAGAUGCCUUUCAUUGGAACUCGUUACAUGUAUAGGCGUCAGGGAAUGUGCCGUCGCUUUCUUAGUGCAAUUGAAUCGGCUUUGUCCUCUCUAAAUGUGGAAAAGUUGGUCAUUCCUGCAAUAUCUGAAGUAAGAGAUACAUGGACUUCUGUCUUUGGUUUUAAGCCCCUUGAAGAGACUACCAAAGAAAGGAUGAGGAAAAUGAGUCUGUUGGUCUUUCCUGGUGUUGAAAUGCUGCAGAAAUCGCUAUUGAAGGAUCAUCUUUCAAUGGAGUGUACAACUCUUGGAGAAGGAUCCAUAUCCAAGUCUCCUGAACUUUCAGAACAUCAAACGUCAGAGGUCGAUGCAACCUCCCCUGAAGAGACACAUUCUCCUUGUCCUUGUUUAAAUUCAUGCAGUGAGGGCAAUGCAAAAGAUGGAUUGGGGAUUUCUGGUGAACCUGCAGUUAUUGAAUCCAGUGUGAAACCAAAUGAUAGGGUUUCGAAUGGUGAUAUUGAUAAUCCUACUAAGGAUGUCAAAGCCAAUGGUGCUGAUGUUGCUGAUAAUAAUUUGGGGGAAAGGAACCAAAAGUUUGAGAAUUCAUUGAACUCUACAUGCCUUUCAUGUAAGGAGGAUAAAGAGGCUGGCCAACACCAUACAACGUCCCUUGGUUUUACCACUUCAGACCCUGAAGACCGGAAGUCUGAACUAAAUGGACAAUUGGAUGGAAGCAAAGCUAUCAAUCAAAAGUCCAGUCUGGAAUUUCCCAAAGGUACUGCAAGUGUUGAUUACCAGGAAACUGCAGCAGAAAUUGGUAAUCAUAGUGACAAACUCAAGUCUACUCAGGACGAGCAUGUAAAUCAGCCAGAGACAAUCAGCUCUAGUAAACUCCCAAAGACUGAUCCGGUACAUGAUGGGCAGGCGGUCAUCUUUGACUUGGAAAUUGCAAAUGGUUGCGAUGCCACUUUACAUAUGGACGAUAAAACUAGUUCUCCCUCUGAAGGUGAUAGGGGUAAUGCUCAUUGUGUAUCUGCUGAAGUUUCUUCUAAUUGCCAUCCAACGGAGGAUGUCUUGUCGUAGGCGGAUGUCCUACGAAUCACUGGGAUUUCAGCAAGUAUCUGGGAGGAUGAUAAGAAAUGAUGAUUGGAGCAUCAUCAAAUCUUCACCUCUGAAGCAGGAGAAUUGAGAUGAGCAGUUUACCAAAUCUAUAGGAGUCUGCUUCACAGAUUAACACAUGCCACACUGUAUAAUAGAUCACUCUUCUACUAAAACUUAGCUUCUGCUUUGGCUUUUCUUUGCGCCAUUGCACAACUGAAUGUAGUUUUGUUGCGGUAACCCUCAAGUAUGAUCCUGGCAGACCAAGCUACUAAUAUCCUUUUGAUCUCAAACCUUUGCAUCUUCGUUGGCUACCACUACAGGAAUUCAUGCUGCAGAACUCUUUUUGUUGGCCUUACUAACCAGUGCCAUUUUUGGGAUGGAUGAUGAUAUCCACCGCCCCCUAAUUCCCCCCAAAAGAAAUAUUUUCUAGAUUCUUUUAUGGUGCAUUUUGAGUAAGUGUUUAGGGAAAAUUUGAUCUUAUGUUCAUGUCAUUUAACCUUGGGGGUAAAACGGUUUGUACAUCCCGUUUUUGUUUCUGGCAUACAGUUCUGGAGAGCGCUGUAAGUUUUCUUCUUACGUUACUAAAAUUGCCCAAAAGGGCUGUUCAUUUUGAAACCUCCUUGUUUACUGUAAAUUAAAAGUUUAAUUGGUCUACUAUGGAAAUGCUAUUGCCUUUGUACA